AUGGAUAAGAAAAGGAGAACUCCUAAAUUGGAUGAAAUGGAUAGUAACGAGUUGAAAUUUGCUAUAAAUGCAUUAAGAGACCUUAUAAAAGAGUCUGCUUCUUCAAAGCAAAGGAAAAUUUUUGAAGAUAUACAAAAAACAUUAGAAAAGGCCAUUGAGAAAGAGCGAAGGUUAAACGCAAAAUGCCUGAGAUUGCAAUCAGAGAUUGCCGCCAAUACGUCUAAAAUAAAAGCUGCGAUACAGCUAUCAGAAGAAGAUAAAAACACCAUUGAUACUUUGAAAGAAGAACUGGAAAAGGCUUGGAAUAUUGCAGAUGAACUGAGAAUGGAGCGAUGCAAAAAUAUGGACUCUGAUCGCUUUUCAGAGAGCGAUAGGCAUUCGCAUAGAGAUUCUAUGUACGGCAGCACACUUAGCUUGCAAAAAACGCGACAAGAUAUGGAGGAUGCCAAGAAAAAGUGGACAUCAGAGAAGAAAUCGUUGCAGAACGAAAUAGAAAUUCAGAGAAAAGCAUCACAAAACCUCAAAGCUGAAAUAAAACAACUUCAGCAACAAAUAAAGAACAUGGAUUCAAUCUUGAGCAAAAAGAAUGAGGAGAUCAAACAAUUGGAGACAAAUUUCAAGGUCAUAGAAGAAAUGAAUGAGGACAAAGAAUUAGAACUCACCAAAAAAGAGAGGGUGAUUGAAGAAUUGAUGAAAGAAAAUGAGCUGAAAACUGCUGAAGUUGAACAGAUGGAGAAAGAAAUUCUCGAAACAAGGAACAAUCGUUCCCUUGCCGAAAAUAUCGAUACUGAAAAAAACCUAUCAGAGAUUAAACAGAAAAAGAAAGUUAAGAAUGGAUGCGAAAAACAAUGCAAAACAUUAAAAGAAGAAGCAAACAAAAACAUGAAAACAUUGGAAGAAUUGGAAAAAGUGAGAAAUAGACAUGUUUCCGUCAUUGGAAAAUUAGAAAAGGAAAAUUGUAAGCUUGAAAAGGAACUUGCAACAGUAGAGCAUUGCAAAUAUCCGGAAAAAAUAAAGAAUCUCGAGAAUAAUCUUGCGACCAUAAAAAAAGAACUUGAAGAAAGAGAAAACCGUUUAAAAGAAACAAAUGAAGAAAUUUCCAAAAUUAGAACAGAAACCAAAGAAUUUUCAAAACAUCUGACAGAUACUUUGAACAUCAUCAAAUCAAUUCAUACUAGUUGUGACGUAUUUAGAGAAACGAACUUCGAAUUCUGCGAUGGUAAAAUAUUUUCACUCAAAAACAACAUUCAUUGGCUUAUUUUAGAUUUGAAAGAGAAGAUAAAAGACCUUGUUGAAAGCUACAAAGAAAUAACGAUGCAAAAAUAUAAACUGGCCGAUGAAGUCGAAUCCUUAAAAAGUGAGAGGCAUCCAAGAAAAGAAAAAGAAUCGAAAUGGACUGAAACUGAGGAUAUUUAUUUUGACGAAGAACAAAGCAAUAACGAAAGAGCCGGAACUUUAUCGGACGAUGAGAUGUCUGACGUGAACAUUACAGUUCUUGAAACAGAUCUGGAAUUCAAAGAAAUUGAUAAAGAAAUUGAGAAAUCAAAUGAAGAAGCAGGCAUUAUCUAUUUUGUCGCCAAGCCAGGGGUCACUAAUUCGGCAUCCGAUCAGCAUCCAGCAGAAUUGAUCAUAAAACAGUCUUCCCAGUGA